AUGGAGCCGUCCCGUGGCGCUGCUGGCGGCGGGCGGCGGUGGGGGGACGCGGAGGCGGAGGCGGAGGGCGAUGCGGCGGAGGAAGGGAGACGAGCGGAGGACGGGGGCGAGGUGAGCAUGCGGGAGUGGCUGGACCGGGCGGGCCGGGCGGUGGAGGCGGCGGAGUGCGUGCACGUGUUCAGGCAGGUGGCGGAGGCGGUGGCCGUCGCGCACGCGCAGGGGGUGGCCGUGGGCAGCGCGCGACCGUCGUGCUUCGUCGUGUCGCCGCCCUUCGCGCGCGUCGCCUUCAUCGAGUCCGCCUCCGGCUCCGACGCCUCGGGUUCGUGCUCGGGCUCUGAUGCCUCUGAGGACGCCGACCCGGACGCCUCGCCUCCGCGGCGACGCGACGGCGCCGGCCGUGGUGAGGAACGCGCCGGGAAGUCGUUCCCGCUCAAGAGCGUGCUGGCCAUGGAGCUCAACUGGUACACCAGCCCCGAGGAGGCGGACGACAGCGCCGCUACCUUCGCCUCUGACGUCUACAGACUGGGUGUGCUCUUGUUCGAGCUGUUCUGUACAUUCGAAACCAUGGAAGACAAGAUGCGGGCAAUGGCGAAUCUGCGGCACCGGGUGUUGCCACCACAGUUGCUGCUCAAAUGGCCCAAGGAAGCAUCCUUCUGCCAGUUGCUAAUGCACCCUGUGCCAGAAACCAGACCGAAGAUGAGUGAGGUGUUGCAGAGUGAGUUCCUUAAUCAGUCAAGGAAUAGCCUGGAAGAGCGUGAAGCGGCACUUAGGUUACGCGAAGAGAUAGAAGAACAAGAAUUAUUGCUGGAUUUUCUUCAGCAGUUGCAGAAAAGAAAGCAGGAUAUAGCAGACAGUUUGCAGGACACUGUUGCUUUCCUCUCUUCUGACAUCAAUGAGGUACUCCACCAGCAAUCUGCACUUGGCCACUGUGUGAACUUCUCAUACGAUUUGGAUAAAGAGGUGUGCUCUGGAACUGUUGAAGAUCAGAGUGAUUGCGGAUCCAGGAAGCGAUUCAGACCUGAGCUGCAAGGUGUUGACAUGGAGGAAAAUAAUCGUAGUGUGGAAGAAUGUUCAAGAACAGUGCCAUCCUCUGAGUUAAUCCAGGAAAGUGUUCUGUCAAAAAGCUCCAGGUUGAUGAAGAACUUAAAAAAACUUGAAACAGCUUAUUUUCUAACAAGGUCCAAGUUGGCGAAGCAAGUUGGCAACCAAAUAAGUAGUCAUCAAGUUGUUAAGAGGGCUACUGGUUCAGCUAUUGGGACUGAAGGAAGUUCAAUAGAUGAUUUUUCUUUGGAAAGGCAAUAUGGUAGAAGGCAAAACUCUUUUCUUGAGGGGUUGUGCAAGUACUUGUCAUUCAGUAAGUUGAAAGUUCGGGCAGAACUGAAGCAUUGUGAUUUGCUGAACUCGUCAAACUUAGUAUGCUCCGUAGGGUUUGACCGGGAUAGAGAGUUUUUUGCAACUGCUGGUGUAAAUAAGAAGAUAAAAGUGUUUGAGUAUAAUAUGAUUGUAAAUGAACACCGUGAUAUUCACUAUCCUGUGGUAGAGAUGUCUAAUAGAUCAAAACUGAGCUGUAUUUGCUGGAACAGUUAUAUGAAGAGCCAUAUAGCAUCUAGUGAUUUUGAGGGUAUAGUACAGGUUUGGGAUGUUACUAGGAGUCAAGUUUUUGUUGAGAUGAGGGAGCAUGAGCGACGUGUGUGGUCGGUGGACUUCUCAAUUGUGGACCCAACAAAAUUGGUCAGUGGGAGUGACGAUCGAUCUGUGAAGCUGUGGGAUAUGAAUCAGGCUGGGAGUAUUGGCACUAUUAGAACAAGGGCAAACGUGUGUUCUGUGCAAUUUCAACCUGAUUCUGCUCGCUCCAUUGCCGUCGGCUCUGCAGACCACAAAAUUUACUGCUAUGAUCUUCGUAACAUACGAGCUCCUUAUUGUACACUAGUUGGGCACACAAAGACUGUAAGCUAUGUUAAGUAUCUGGAUGCAUCAACAAUAGUAUCUGCAUCUACUGACAACUCAUUGAAGCUUUGGGACCUGUCGAAGAGUCGAGGAAGGAUAAUUGACAGUCCACUUCAAACAUUUACAGGGCAUACAAACACAAAGAACUUUGUUGGCCUUUCCAUAUCUGAUGGUUACAUCGCUACUGGCUCUGAAACAAAUGAGGUUUUUGUCUACCACAAAGAAUUUCCCAUGCCAGUGUUGGCAUAUAAGUUCAGCGUGACGGAUCCUAUAUCAGGCCAGGAGAUUGAUGAUCAGUCACAGUUCAUCUCAUGCGUCUGUUGGAGAGGGCAGUCUUCAACUCUUCUUUCUGCAAACUCCAGCGGCAACAUUAAGAUCUUAGAAAUGGACUGA